UUUUUUUUUUUUUUUUCUGAUUUGAAAAAGGAGGGUCGAAGCUAGAGAAGAAACGAGAAAUAAUAUCACCAAAACCCCACUACCUUUCUGGUGGUCCGAUCGCACAUUUUCCUCCCCCUCCAUUUCUUUCCGGGCGUCUACAGAACAACAUUCGCUUUACCGCCUCGAGAUUAGCAGUCGAUCGCUUUGAAACCUUUUUCAUCGCCCUUCCGAAACCAUGUCUGAUCUACAAGGACGUAAGAUUUUCAAGGUCUUUAACCAGGAUUUUAUUGUGGAUGAACGAUACAAUGUGACCAAGGAACUGGGCCAAGGUGCAUAUGGUAUUGUCUGUGCCGCUACAAACAUCCAAACCGGUGAAGGUGUCGCUAUCAAGAAGGUCACCAAUGUCUUCAGCAAGAAGAUUUUGGCCAAGCGCGCCUUGAGAGAAAUUAAGUUGCUGCAACAUUUCCGAGGCCACCGUAAUAUCACCUGUCUCUAUGACAUGGACAUUCCACGCCCGGAUAACUUCAAUGAAACAUACCUGUAUGAAGAAUUGAUGGAAUGUGAUCUCGCCGCUAUCAUCCGCUCCGGACAACCCUUGACCGAUGCCCACUUCCAGUCUUUUAUUUAUCAGAUUCUGUGUGGUCUGAAGUAUAUCCACUCAGCCAAUGUUUUGCAUAGAGAUUUGAAGCCCGGAAAUCUGCUGGUUAAUGCCGAUUGUGAACUCAAGAUUUGCGAUUUCGGAUUGGCACGUGGUUUCUCGAUCGACCCAGAGGAGAACGCAGGCUAUAUGACAGAAUAUGUUGCGACAAGAUGGUACCGUGCUCCGGAGAUUAUGUUGAGCUUCCAGAGUUACACCAAAGCUAUUGAUGUGUGGUCGGUUGGUUGCAUUCUGGCCGAACUCCUUGGCGGUCGUCCCUUCUUCAAGGGUCGCGACUAUGUCGACCAGCUCAAUCAGAUCCUCCACUACCUGGGAACUCCGAACGAGGAGACCUUGAGCCGCAUCGGCUCGCCUCGGGCUCAGGAGUACGUGCGCAACUUGCCUUUCAUGCCCAAGAUCCCCUUCCAGCGCUUGUUCCCCAAUGCCAACCCCGAUGCGCUCGACUUGCUUGACCGCAUGCUUGCCUUUGACCCUUCAUCGCGUAUUUCGGUCGAAGAGGCCCUCGAGCACCCAUACCUGCAUAUCUGGCACGACGCAUCGGAUGAGCCAACGUGCCCCACAACUUUUGAUUUUCACUUCGAAGUAGUGGACGACGUGCAGGAAAUGCGUCGUAUGAUCUAUGAGGAAGUCGUGCGCUUCCGUGCCGUCGUCCGGCAGCAGUCCCAGGCGCAGGCCGCCGCGGCCGCGCAACAGCAGCAGAUCGCGCAGCAGAACAAUGUUCCGAUCCCCGAGAACCAGCAGGGCGUCUGGAAGCAAGAGGAGCCUAAGCCUCAAGAAGCGCUUACCGCAGGCGGUGGCGUCCCCAACGAUCUGGAAUCGUCCCUGCAGCGUGGAAUGGAUGUGCAAUAAACGGCAUGUAUGGUAUGAUGUCAUUGACCCAGGUGGAUAUGCCCUGGAAAUCGCAGGCGUUUCCGGAUGCCUAUAUGACAAGGAAAUAAAUAUAUUCUCGGUUUCCCCCACCCCAUUUUGGUUCAUUCCCUGCAGUUUCUAGCGGUAUCUCUUAUAAUUUUUCUAUUUACAUACUAAAAGGUGGAGAGAGGACUGGUUCACUCCUGGCCCAUGGGUGUAUGUACCCGACUUUACCUAUGCUACUGGCUACUGGCAAUUGGACCUGGGUCUGUGUGAGAGCAUGCAUGAAGGAAACGGCAGUUGCAUUGCAAUUGAGCGCUGGUUUGAUCGUUUCAUGACUGGAUAGAUCUGAUGAAGUAGUUGAUUACAGUAUGGUAUAUAUGAGAUAGUUUUCCUUUAUUUAUCCCAUUUGACAUUUACAUUUCUU